AUGGAUUUUAACUUACUGACGUACUUCAAUUCCUUUGAGGCAGAAAAAGAUUAUGGAUCAGAUUUAUCCAAUGUGGAAUCCAAGCUUGAAAGCGUCACAGAAACAUUAGCAAAUAACCCAGAGUCUAUAUAUUAUAAUCAUGAAAUAUUCGAGGAAGUGGUUGAUCUCACUCAGAGUUAUAAGCUGCUUGAGGCUAAAUUUCAAAAACAGUUGGUGUAUUUGGUAACGUCAUCUUUUAACAGUAUCAACCAUGUGUGCCUUUCUACCAUCGAAAGUGGAGAUUAUACGAGUCAGGUUGAAACAUUGAAAAAAUCAUUAGAGAGAUACGGCUAUCUUAUGUAUGUUUUACUCAUAUUUCUUGGUAAAGAAGACUAUACUGCCAACAGUAGAAACUCCAGAAACUCUGCUCAAAGCACUGCUGCCUGGAAGGCCAAUUGUAUCCAAGUGGAGAACUGCCUCGACGCAGUGUCCAACGUUUUGAAAAUAGAAUUGAACAAAAUCUUCAUAACGACUCCAGAAAGAGAUUUAUUUCUAGACGUCUUUAUACGACCUAUAUUCAAUUUGAUGGAAAUACCAGAAAGGAUGAAGCAAGCAGGAAUUAAGAUGUACAUGUUUAAGAACAUUUCUAUGGCAGUGAAGUUUCAUGGACAAGCUGGGUCAGUGCAAAAUUUGAUCUUGCAAUCCUUGACGUACUAUCUUCAUUUGCCCAACUAUAUGGCGGAACUCUUACAUACAUUGUCCAAACUGUACGAUUACAUAAUGCUUACGGAGGAAGUUUUGAGAGAAAUCAGUCAAAUUGAGUUCAACUCUAACGAUAGCAAUGGACCUAAAUCCAUAUCUGAAUUUUUAAUUAAAUUAUCUGAGUUACUGCCAAGGUUGAUCUUAAAGCAGAUGUCAUCUGUAGCGUUAUUAUUGGAUAAUAGUAACAUGACUUUGAGAUGCUCUGUGGUGGAGACUUGUGGGAACAUUGUUGUUGAUAUUUUGAAAAAUGAGGUGUCUGGAGAAGAUCAGACUGACUCUGAACAUCAUAGUGCUAAUAACGGAGUUCUGCAAGUCGAUGGAUUACUAGAGUUACUAGAAGAAAGAUUUCUUGAUCAAAAUCCGUACGUUAGAACUAAAGCAAUCCAAGCAUUGACCAAAUUGUGCAGCUUGCCUGACAAGCUCAUGUCUAGCAGACAAAAGAUGAUAAAAUUAUCAGUCAGGUCAUUGAAUGACAAGAGCACAUUAGUUAGAAGAAAUAGCAUUAAGUUGCUUUCAAAAAUUGUUCUUACUCACCCAUUUGCGACUAUCCAUGGAACUCAGUUAUCUUCUAAAGUGUGGAGAAAUAGAUUAGAAGAAAGUAAGUCCGAAUUGGAAAGUAUGUUUCCUCAAAGAAAAAAGGAUCUACAGAAUGAGGAUGACCUGAAUGAAAAGGAUGUAGAUGAUGAUAUGGAUUUGGAUACGAUCCAUGAGGGACAAGAAGAUGAGGAUGAUGUCGAAAAGCAAAAUGUUAAGAUGGAGGUGGACGAAAAUGAAAAUGAGGAACAAAUCGAAGAUGACAAUGACAAGGAAGACAACAACGAAGAUGAUGAGGAGAACGAAAAUGGAGUAGAAUAUGAGUCAGGCGUGGAUUUAGCUACAUUGUCUCCUGAGCAGGUCAAUGCUUAUUACAAAUUACAACUCACCAUCAAAUAUUAUCAUGAUGCACUUGCAUUUAUUGAUGAAAUCGAAGAAGGAGUUGUUGUCGUUUCACAACUUUUAUUUUCAAGAAAUAGAAAUGAAGUUCUCGAAUCCAUGGACUUCUUGGUACUCUCAGAUGCUUAUGAUAUACAAGGCUCUAGUGAAGGUAUUCGUAAAAUGCUCCAUUUGGUGUGGAUGAAAGGCUCAUCGGAUGAAGGGAAAUCAAUUGCUGCACAUUUAAUAGACUGUUACCAAUCAUUAUUUCUUACAGCUCCAUCUACAAACUCUAGAGUUGAGCAAGCUGCUUAUAUUGCCAAGAACUUAAUUGAAUUGACUUAUUCUGCUUCUGUUGCAGAUUUGGCUUCAUUAGAAAAACUACUCUGUCUUAUGUACGACAACAGUUUGAUACCUGAUGACAUUAUUCAAGUUUUGUGGCAAAUUUACAAUUUUGAAGACAGUGAUAUUGAAACGUCUCGAAGAAGAUGCCGUGGUGCUAUUAUUAUCUUGGGAAUGUUGGCACUUGCAGACAAUGGAAUCAUCAUCAAAGGACUUGAUUCAUUAUUGAAUGUUGGCUUAAGUGCAAGAGGCAGUAAAGACCCUGUUCUAGCUAAGUACACCUGUAUCGCUAUGCAGAGAGUGAUUCCUAGUAACAGCAAUGAUACCUCAUUAAGAAUUGCGAGAGAAGAUGAGUCGGUUGAAAAGUUAAAAUCUACUUUAUUGAAAUAUAGUGAAAAUUCUGAAUGGUACAGUAUUGCUGAACAAGCUAUUGGAGCAAUAUAUCAAGUUUCAAGUAAGCCAGAUGAAGUUGGAUCAGAGAUCAUUCGUGAGAAAGCUAAAUUAGUUUUCCAAUCAGAAGAAAUAGAUGGCCAAUCCAAGGUCAUUUCACUUUCACAGUUGUUGUUCAUCGUUGGCCAUAUAGCGAUCAAGACGAUAGUCUACUUGGAAAAGCUAGAAGGUCAAUUCAAGAAGAAGAAGCAUGAUUCAGAAAGUAAAAAGAAAGCAAACGAUGAGUCAGGAGCUGGAAAGGUUGAAGAUGAGGAUGCUGGGGAAUUGGAGAUGAUUGGUGGAACUUCUGAAGAUGACUUUACGGAUGCAGUCAUUUAUAUCAAGGAGCGUCAAUUACUCUAUGGUGAGGAUGCUUUGCUAUCCAAGUUUGGACCACUUGUUAAGGAGAUAUGUUCCAACAAUAAAAUAUAUGACAAUGAAUCGUUACAGAGAUCUGCAACCUUAUGUUUGGCGAAGUUAAUGUGUGUUUCUUCCAAGUAUUGUGAAGAAAAUUUGCCAUUGCUUAUCACUAUCAUGGAAAAGUCUCCGGAUCCAAUUAUUAGAUGUAAUUGUGUCUUAGGACUCGGUGACAUGGCAGUUUGUUUCAAUAAUUUAGUUGACGAGAAUACCGAUUUCUUGUACCGAAGACUUGCAGAUGAAAACAUCAUGGUGCAAAGAACAUGCUUAAUGACAGUAACAUUUUUAAUUCUUGCCGGACAAGUUAAAGUUAAGGGACAAUUAUCUUCUAUGGCUAAAUGUUUGGAAAACCCCGAUCAAGGAAUCAGUGAUAUGUGUAGAUUAUUCUUCACUGAGUUGGCUACUAAGGAUAACGCGAUCUAUAACGGAUUCAUUGACAUCUUUAGUGGAUUAUCCAACGAUGAAAGCUUGUCUAAGGAUUCUAUGAAAAGAAUCAUCAAAUUCUUAGUUGGGUUUAUCGAGAAGGAGAAGCACCAAAAACAAUUGGCAGAGAAGUUACUCGUCAGGUUGAAUAAGUCUCAAGAAGAAAGCCAAUGGAAUGAUCUAGCAUAUGUAUUAAAUGUCAUUCCCUUCAAAAAUGAAGUUAUCAGUCAAGCAUUAGAAGGGGGGUACAAGAUGGUUCUGGCAAGGCAAUAG